AAUCCUGACGACGUAAUGCAAGGAAAGAACCCACGUCUGGUCGAGUAUGGUCCCUUCGUUUACAACGAACUCUUUGAAAAACAAGUGAUAGACGUUGACGAAGAAAACGACGAAAUUACAUACACAACACGGUCAACGUACACUUUCAAUAAACGAAGAAGCCUGAUGGUAUCUAGCCACGAUAAAGUCACGAUAUUAAAUCCAGCGUACAUAGGUAGCAUAUUAACGUUAACGUCCUUGCCUGCUGAUUUUAUGAAAAAGUACGGCGAUAAUAUACCGAAAUUGUUCCAAAAUCGCACAAGCAUUUUUUUGAAAGCUAAAGCCACCGAUAUAUUAUUCGACGGAGUUAAAGUUUCGUGCAACUUAAGAAAGUUUCCCGAGUUGAAUCUCAUAUGCAAGACGAUGCAGUCUAAGCCACCACCGGUUCUGCGACAAACAGAUAAAGAAGGGGUUUUUCUCCUCAGUAUAUUUCAGAGGAUCAAUGAUACUAUUCGUGGACCGUACACUGUUAACAGAGGCCUGAGAAACAUAAGUCUUAUGGGCUACUCAACAGCCUUCAAGGGGGAAAGAGAACAAGAAAUUUGGCAUUCUGAAAGCUGUAAUAAAGUAAGAGGAAGCGACAGUAUCAUUUGGGCGCCAUUAGUGAAGCCCACAUCUACGGUUGUAUCGUUCUCACCGGAUCUAUGCAGGAGUAUGGAAGCCGAUUACGAGAAAGAGAUUGCAGUGCACGGUAUAGUAGGAUCGAAAUUUGUGAUGCAGGAAAGAGUAUGGCAUGCAAACCAGACGCAGUGUUAUUGUCCAGUGGUAAACAAUGAAGCACAAUGUCUACCGCAGGGUUUAAUCGACGAGUCACAAUGUCAGAUGCUACCUGUAAUAUUUUCGGAGCCACACUUCUUGCACGGCGAUCCUCAGCUUCUAGAUUAUGCUCGCGGCUUGAAACCCGACAAAAAAUUACACGAAACGUACAUUGCCAUCGAACCAUUGACCGGUACACCGAUUUCUGGGCAAAAGAGCACACAAAUAAACAUGAAGCUGACUAAACAACCGGUGAAACUCCUCGCUAAUGUCAACGAGGGCUACUUCCCUAUCCUAUGGUGCAAAAGUGUAAUGAUCUUUUGUAAAAUUACCGUUGCCAGUGUUUUCCAAAAACGUGGGAUGAAAUUUAUAUCGACGCACCGAAUAUUAAAGCGUUGAAUUGUAUUUUAAACUUACCUACUAGUCGCGCCAAAAUUUGUUUCGUGGGAAGAGAACGUCUUUCGGAAGUUUGGAAACCACUGUUUCGCAUUCGAUUUCAGGUCUUCGCUGUCGAAAACUGAUCAACGUUUCGUGCAUAUUUCGACCCAAUUUCUCUCGUACGAUCGCACUCAUUACGUAAACCGAGCGAAUAUGAAAGUGCUUACAUAAAUUCAGGGUAAGUCGUGCGACCAGUUACGGAGUUAAUACCUCUGUAAGCAACGAAGAUAUCGCAAAGACACUCGAUGGCCAUUCAACGGUAAAAAAGGAGGCGUCGUUCGCGUCAUAUAAUUUUUUCAAAACUGAAUACGAGUUUUAUCGAAGCUUAAAAUCACCUGGGGUGAUCUUCGUGGAACAGUGUAUUUUUUUGCAUAAUUAUAUAAUAGAGGUCAAAGUAAAAUCAAGUAUGCACUUGAUUCGAGGAAUUUAUUUUUAAUUCGACAAACAAGUCACGAUGGAAAAAAUGAUGGCGAUAACAGGUUCAGAUGCGAUGUUGUACAUUUAUCUCGAGUGGUGCUUGUAGCACAUCUCGUAUCAUGUUUAUAAACACUAUAUAUCUUCUAAGUAGGUAUUCUUUCUUACUUCAUAUGUAUUGAAGGACGAUUGGAAUGACGUCAACGGCACACGAAGAUAUGAAAAAUAGAAUUUGCGUCGUUAAUAAUACUACAUAUAACAAAUGAUGUAUUUUCACUUAUCGCGAAACCAUCAUUUUUGUGAUAUCUUCGCCGAUUACUGGGAUAUUACCUUGUAACGAUUACGCGACUCACCCUGUAUACGCAUAUGAAAUAUGGACGAAGAAUACACAUAAUUAAAUUGAAAUUCAAACGAAAUUCCACUGUUCAAAUCAUUUUAUUUCCAUCUUUCAUCGAAAAAUCUGAUCACUGUUCCGUCGCUGUAUUCUUUAUCAAAAUGUAUGGUUACGAACAAAAUUAUCAUUUCAUUGCAUAAUUGCAUUGUAUAAAAUUACGCGUUAAAAGUAUAAAAUUUUCUUAAUACAACAACGAAAUGAUUAAACAGAUAACAAAUAUUUUACAGGGUGACGCGUUACAUAUUUCUGCAAUGGCGCCCACGUAUCAGUUACUUCGAUUGAUGCAACUUGUCUCGUAUAUACAAUAUAUCCCUUUGAUCGUUGGAAUCUACAUUGCCCUGAUGACUUUAGUUUUAUGGAGUUUAUCCCAGCCUAAAUCGCAAACAUCGAGCAGAGUAGAGCCGAUAUUAAUAUCGUCGAACACGCGACGGAACAAUAUUGUGCACAGGACACCGCAUCAACCUGUGCACGCGUUCGAGAGAUUUGAACGCGUGUAUCCAACAUUUUAGAGCUAAAGGCACGAAUGUGAAUAACGAGAAAUAGACUUAAUAAUUUUGUAAUUGCUUUGAAAUCUUCAGAUUUCACGUUAUUUUGAUCAGUUUUAAUUAAUGCUUUCCUUAUCUAAAAGCAUUUUCUUUCGUCUGAAUACGUUGAAGGUUCCUUGUUAUUUUCUUAUAAAAAAAUCAGUUCAGAUUCGUUCGACUGUUGUACAAAUUUUACACACAACCUAAUAAACUCUGUCUCUCCGUACAAAAAUAUAAUUAUCUCUAACAGUUGACUCAUUUUACCAAUAUUUAUUCUCCUUUCCGAAAGUUCACUAUUCUGUCAAAUGCAUGUACACUAUUAAACAAGAUUUGGCCCUACCAGCGACCUUUUAUCGUUUUUCUCCUUCCAACGUCUCAAAAAGUCGUUUCCCUAUUGCGCGUAUUUACAAUAAAUAAAAUUCGUCCUACUACCGAUUCUUCUUCGUUGCGUUACAUCCGUUUAAUUCUAUCCAUUGAAUUCAUAACAAAAAAAAACAAAUCCUAAGAGAAACGAUACGCAACGAUACUCGCGAUUAAUUUUAUGAUAACACGCGUGUUAAAAAAAAAAGGAAUGCUUAAGUAGAAUG